AUGAAAAUAUUAAUUACUCUUAUAGUGACAUAAUCUAUAUCAACUAUCAUAGGUUUUGUAGAAUUUAAAGAACCAUAAGAAGUGAUAGCGUUGGCUUUAGAACUUUUUGGAAUAGCUAUACUAUUACUUUUAAGGAGGAUGAAUUAUUCAGAUUUAAUUCAGAGAUUACUGCUUUUAUGCUUGGCAACGAUAAUCUUUUUAUUGAUGCCAAAUUCUCAGUUUAAAUAUUUUACAGGGACCUAUCAUAUAGUGAUGCGAAUAUAACUUUAAAAAAAAUUAAGUAGGGGUUUACUACUAGAAUGGUUGGGUAACAAACUGAAUAAAUAAUAUUAGUCUUACUUCUCGUCAUAUUAAUAUUUGGGACAUCUCCUUAGAUUCAUGAAAUUUUUCGAAGUGUUUUUGCAGGGAUAGCAAUAAUGUUGAUGGAAUUGUUUUUAUACCAAGAUUAACUUCUAAACGAAGCGAAUAAACCAUAAAUAAUGAUGCAAUCUAAAAUAAACUAUACUAUAGUAAAUAAUGACGGAUCCAAUCCAAGGAACAUUGGAGAUCGAAUUGUGGAUCCAAAAGUUACUUCUUUAUUUUUGGAUGACUAAUAUAAUGUUUAAGAAUUUUCAAAAUAAAGUGUCAUUUACUAAUUAAUAGAAGGUGAUGUGUAAGAUCUACUUUAGGGUUUACACAUAAAUAAGAUUGACUCAAAAUCUAAAUAGUUAUUACCUUCAAAAUGCAAUUAAAUUUCGUUAAAAUAUUUUUUAGACUAAGUUAAAAAUAAUGCCAUCCCAAUGGUUAUAUAAAUUAUUGAUUACACAUAUCCAAAAAUAGAUAAUCAUAUAAUUAAAAUCAUUUAUUAAAAUGAUUUUGAAAUACAAUUUUAUGACAUUGAAGAAAGAGAUAAAUAUUAAAAAAGAAGUUAUAUUUAUGCAAUUUUAAAAUAAUUAUUUAAUACUAUGUCACAUGAGUUUGGAACAUCUUUAAAUUAUUUACUUGCUUUAUCCUAAGUAGCAAUAGAUAAAUAUAAUGAUUAAGAAUUAUAAUCUUACUUUUAACCUAUUAAAGCUACCGGAAUGAUUAUGUACCAUUUCGUGUUAGACAUGAUUGAUUUUAAUGCUUUUUUGGGAAAGAAGCUAGAAUUAUAAUUUGAAAAAUUAGAUGUAAGAUAUAUCUGAUAAUAUUAAAGAUUAUUGAAGUUCUUGAUGAAGUAAAAAGUAUUUUUUCUCAUUCUUUAUAAUAAAAAGGAUUAACUAUUAACUAUGAUGUUUUUUUAAAUGAAAAAACUAUCUUCACAGAUAGAAGAAGACUAAAAUAAAUCUUAAUAACCUUAAUUUCUAAUGCUCAAAAGUUUACUUUCAAAGGUGGUAUUAAAUUGUUAGUCAAAUCAACUGAAUAAAAUAAAUAUAUCCAAUUUGAAAUUGUUGACACAGGCGUUGGGCUCACAACUACUGAACUUGAAACAUUAACAGAUAUACUCAAAACUGACUAUAAAAAUGAAUAAAAGAUAUCAAAAAAUACAGCUGGGUUUGGAUUAGGAAGUUAUUUAUGUAAUAAAAUUGCGAUGAGCCUUGCCAAUCUAAAGUACGAAGAAGGUGGAGGAAUUAAGUAUUCAAACAAUCAAGAAGAAAAAGGUACUAAAGUAACAUUCAAGAUAAUUAAUGAACAACUAAAUAUCAAUUAUACUUUAGUGGCUUCAUAAGAUAAUUCAAGUGGUAUUUUAAAAAUAGGUAAAAAUGUAAUUGUCGAUUUAAAACAAUCAUAAAUUGAAUUAAGUUUAAGUGGAUUGAAGAAACCAUUAACAAAAAGAUUUAGUACUGUCAUGGUACCAAAAGUUAAAAGCUUUCAUGAAGAUUUAAAUAGAGAUCAUUCAUAUUUUAAAUAACCUACAAAAGAUUGUUUUUAAGGAAUGUAAAUGUAGUACACAAAAAUAGAUUCAGAUAGUGUAAAUGAAGAAACUAAUGAAGAAGAUUACUAAAAAAGAUUAUAAAUUUAAAAUGUGAAAUUUAAUUAUGGUCCUAGUGAUAUAAUUCGUGAAUUAAGAUAACAAUCAGUUGGAGUAAGUGAACCUUAUGUUCUUGAUUGCAAGUGUAAGACCAUCCUCAUUGUUGAUGAUGAAAUGAUUAAUAUUUUGGGAUUGGAAUUAAUGUUGAAAUCCUUGAAUUUAGAAGCCGAUCAUGCAUUUAAUGGCUUAGAAGCAAUUAAAAAAUUAGAAUAAGGUAUUAUAAAUUUAUAUUACAUAGCUCAUUGUUUAUAUAGUAUAAUUUUUAUGGAUAUCAAUAUGCCAAUAAUGGAUGGUUAUGUGACAACAAAAGCCAUUUUAAAUAAAUAUAAAGCUGGUUCACCUAAAAUAAUUGCUUGUACUGCAUUUACUGAUAGUCAAACAAGAUAAGGAUGUUAUGAAGUUGGCAUGUCUCAUUUUAUUAAUAAGCCUGUAAAUAAAAUAGAUCUAUAAAAAUUGCUAUGCUAUUUAAUAAAUUGA